UUUAAAUAAUAACCGCUAAGUCUACUUUCAAAUAGUAAAUAUUCGCUUGGUAGUAUUUUGAAUUUCUACAAGUAUAAAAAUAUCUUCAAUAUUGUUAUUUCGUUUCAACCGUGAUUUUUAGAGCAAGUUGGAGAAUACAAAUAUUUAUCAAUAACUGAUAACAACUACUGAAAACUAGUGGACACUGCGAAAAAAAUAUCAGAUAACAUGGGUAAGUGGCAAUUGGAAGUAUUUCGAAUGGGUAUUUAUAUGACGUUUCCUGUCAUCUUGUUCCAUUAUUUCAAUUUACCUGAAAAUUAUGAAGAGAAAGUAAUACAGUUCAAGAGGGAAAUGUUCCCUCCUGAACGACCAGAACCUCAACAAAAAAUUGCUGACCUCAAGAGAAUAUUUCAGGAGCGCAGAGAAGUCGAGUUGAGAAAAGUUUUUGAAGACUAAAUAAAAUAAACAAAAGAAUAAACAUCAAACAUAAAUUAAUGUAUUAUUAUU